CAAUAUAUAUAUAUAUAUAUAUAUAUAUAUAUAUGUAUAUAUAUAAAUAUAUACCGAAUUACUAUUUCCAUUAUCAAUCAAUAUAAAUAAAAAACGAUUUACGUUGGUAUUUACAUAUGUAGAUUCAGCCCUACCGGAGGUACUUUUCUACUCUCCUGGCUAUAAAACAGUCCUGUUGAAGAUGUUGGCUUGCCUGGGGCCCAUAAAGACUCAACUCAUGACUUUAGGAAUGAUUUUAUUACAAUAAAUAAAUAAGUCCGUUAUAAGUAAAUGAGUCCGUCAUUGUCAGCGUUUUCAAAUCGAUGAGGUGUGGGUUUCCAUGACAUUCUAGUUUUGUUUCAUUCAUUACGGAAAUAAUAAUAUCACUUGGUUUUAUCUUAGUUUUUCUUUGUUGAUUGCAUUCCUCAUUACUGACUAUUGUUAUGUAGAGAGCCUCAUUAAUCGAACUGGUGAAGUUGUUUCCUUGUUAAAGAAACCAUUUUUAUUUCAAUCGCUGUCGUCGUAACUUAUAUUGUCAGUUACGGAAGUUGAUAUGGUAGUGACGGAGUAUUUUACUGUUAACUCAUGAAUCAGUUAAAUAUGUUCUUAUGUUUUGUUUUACUAUAUUUGAGUUUACUUGGAGGCGUUGGAUGCUGUAGUAAUAAAAAUAUUUCCCAUUUGAAUCGAACAUUGAGUUACAGCUUCGAAGGCUUUUCAUGUGUUCAGAUGUUUUCACCAGAUGAUUUGCCAUGGCAAUAUUAUAAAGUUCUUCCGGCGUUAGGCGUUCCAGUCGUGAUAAAUCAAAGCAAUAAGUAUUGUUACGGUUUCGUUCUUUUUGCUAUAGAUACCAUUCAUUUAAAGAAAAUGUUGAUAAACAUAAAAAAAUAUUACAACCAUAGAAUCGUGUGCUACUUACAAUAUGAAGAUUCGUUAUUAAACAGUUUUGUAAAGAAUGAAACAUAUUUAUUCGGCGAAUCAGAAGCGCUGAUCACCGAUGGUUACCGUACUUACAAAUUCGAUGAAUUAGAGAAGAUAUUUUACGAAAUAAACCUCAUUGGAGAAGAAGAAACAUGGGGAAAACAAAGACGAAUAAUGAAUUUCAAGGGCCGCGAAGUCACCGUCGCUGGUUUUAAUGUAUCCAUGUUCACAUCAUUUGGCCAAGUUGAUGAGAAAGGACAUCCAGCUUGGUUCAAAGGAAUAGAUCUCUACGUUCUUUGGAGACUGACGUCUCUGAUGAAUAUAACCUGGAAGGCCUUGAUCAGCAAAGAUAGAUGGGGAAUGAAACUUCCGAAUGGGACCUGGACACCUGGAGUCUUCAGGGCAGUUCUGGACGGAAAAGCCGAUAUCGGAGUAGGAUCGAUCUGGAUGACUAUCGAGAAGUACGAGUCGAUGCCGCUGACUGCGCCUACCUCAAUGGUGUACCUGCGACACCUCAUCAGGAGGCCUGCAGCUUCCAACGCCAUCUGGAACUCCUUCUUCAAGCAUUAUCCACCGUCAGUGUGGGCUCUUCUAUUGGUUGCUGCUUUCAUUAACGUCCUCGCAAUAUCUUUGAUUACCUAUUGCAUCAAUAGAAUCCGCAAUGACAUCGCCCAUAAAAAAUGGAGUUUCAUAUCAACCUGCAGCUUAAUGACCUUCGGGGCGAUAUCUGUGGAUGCUCGCCUUCCAUCCCACAAGAAUCCAGAACCAGUUCGUUUGCUGCUCAGUUGCUGGGCUAUCACCACUUUUAUAUUUAUGACUAAUUUUGGAAGCUCUCUGAUCUCUCAACUCACUACCCCAGAUUUGCACCACCGACCGGGAACCAUCCGAGGGUUCGUGGAAGGUGGAUAUUUCUGGGGGUUAACCUAUACUCCAAAUUUUGAACAACUUUUAGAUUUGAGUAAUCCAUGGCAUGAAAAGUGGGCUAGAAGGUUUGUAUUGAUAAAGAACAAGGAACACUAUCUGAGAUUACUGAACGAAGACAAGUUUAUACUUUGGGGGAAGGCAGUUGGGGAAACGUAUUUUGUGAUGAUUGAAGAUUACUGGACGUCAGAUUUGCUCUCAGGUUUUGAGCUGGGCAAUGAAAAGUUGGCAAUGUUCUACAUCACAUUUGCUCUAACCCCAGGAUCUCAAUUGUUACCAGCGAUGGAUAAAUAUUGCAGAAGAAUUAUCGAGACUGGUCACAUUGGGAGACACCUGGAAAAGGUUCUGAUGGAGGAGGAGGGGGAUCCAUACAUGGCGGAGGUCAUGGUGAAGACAAAGCAACCUGCGAUUGGUUAUUCCUCUUUGGCCCUUAAUCAUUUCCAAAGUGUAUUUUACAUUCUUUUUAUUGGACUAUCUAUAGCUACCAUAUUGUUUAUUUCAGAGAUAGGUUAUAAUAAAAAUAAAAUAAAUUAA